GUGGAAGAGAAGGGCUCGCUCGGUGACGGAAUUCCUCCACACCGAGGGGGUUACAAACACACACACAAAAAAGUUGAGGCCGUUCCCCUCUCCAACCGCCGAAUAAGGACAAGGCUGCGGGGAGAGGUAACGCGAAGGGCUUACUGUGGGGGGCUUAUGACGACUAAAGCGCACAGACUUCGGCAAAUCAUUGCGACGACUGACCCACAGCAAGCGCUGUCCAUCCAACGAGAGCUCGCGCCGCUGGUCUGCAUCCCACCAUGGCCUUGCCUCGCCCGUUCGUCGGACAAACUCCGCAUCCUCGCGCUCGAUGUGGCCUACUCCGACAGCCUAAUCGUGGGCAGCGCCGUCCUCUGGGACCCGCAACGGCAUGAAGUAAGCUGGCAGUCGAUGCGGAGCAGCACCACGCCGGCCUUUCCCUAUGUACCCGGCCUUCUAGCCUUCCGCGAGAUUCCCACGCUGUACCCGCUCAUCGAUGAAGCUCUCGCGCACGCGUGUCCAACCGGCAGAGACGAAACGGGAGAGAGCCCCUCGAUCGUGCUGCUGUGCGAUGGGCUUGGCAUCGCGCAUCCGCAGGGGCUCGGCCUCGCCUCGCACUUGGGCCUCAUCUACGACCUGCCCUCGAUUGGGACGGCCAAGAACCACUUCUGGGGUACCUACGACGCCGCCUCGCUCGGCUUCCCGCGCGGAUCACGCGUUCUACUGCGAAAGCCCUCCGAGGAGAGCCAACAGGCGGAGCAGCAAGUGGGGCCGGAGCAGGAGCAGGAGCAGGAGCAGGAGCAGGAGCAGGAGCAGGAGCAGGAGCAGGAGCAGGAGCAGGAGCAGGAGACGGUGACAGCGCAGCCGGACGAGGCGAUGGGCCACGUUCUCCGAACGCAAGACGGCAUCAACCCCAUCUUUGUCUCGCCGGGCCACCGCGUCUCGCUCGACGAGGCCGCCGAUGUUGUCCUUUCGCUUUGUUCAACGUACCGGCUCCCCGAUCCGAUUCGAAGCGCAGACCACAUUGGCCGAAUAGAGCUUCAGAGAUUGGAGAGAGAGAGAGGCCAGCCAUGUAAGCAGAGUGACAGAUGAUGCUUGUGAUAUCAUUACGGUUCCCCGAG